AUGCCCGUAGAUUUUGUCGCAAAUGUAAUAUGGGGGAAGGUUACCUGGCUUCCUAGUCUUUGGACUGUGGCCAAGGUAGUGCCGGUUGUUUGCGUCAUUGUCUUGGUGAAGCUUUUCUCUGCGGGAGCGAAAAAUACAUCGGAGAGGAAGAUGCAUGGGAAAGUGAUUAUGGUGACAGGAGGGACGUCUGGGAUAGGCGCUGCAGCAGUUCUAGAACUAGCAUCACGAGGAGCGCAGAUAGUUCUCCUCACACGCCAAUCUCCAUCGGAUAUGUUCCUUGUCGACUAUAUCGAAGAUUUGCGGGAAAGAACCGGGAACGAAUUGAUUUACGCUGAACAAGUCGAUCUCUCAUCUUUGUAUAGCAUUCGGAAAUUUGCUACGAGAUGGAUCAACAAUGCACCACCACGACGACUGGACAUGAUCGUACUAUGCGCUGCCACACUUACUCCCCCGGGCAAACCUCGUGUUACAACAAAAGAGGGUAUCGAAGAAACCUGGAUGAUUAAUUACUUGGCAAAUUUUCAUCUUCUCAGUAUUCUCAGUCCCGCAAUUCGCGCUCAACCACCAGAUCGGGAUGUGCGAAUUAUAUUUACAACCUGCUCAUCUUAUAAUAAAAGUCCCACUGUCGGGGAUGGUAGUGAUGCAAUAAAAAAGAAAGAUUGGAACCCUUCAGCGGCAUAUGCCAGGAGCAAAAUGGCAUUGAUGAUAUUUGGACAAGCCUUUCAGAAGCACCUGGAGUCAUACAAACGACCCGAUGAAGCGGUUAUGAAUGCACGAGUUAUAUUUGUGGACCCCGGAUAUUGUCGCACACCAGGUUUCAGAAGAUGGUUCUCCCGGGGUACAUUGUGGGGAUUGGCAUUAUAUGUCAUGUUAUGGCAAAAUGUUUGGCUUCUAUUGAAGAGCUCUCAAGGAGGUGCCCAGAGUAUUUGCUACUCCGCUAUGGAAGCAGCAUUAGGAAGAGGGCCUGGUGGAAAACUCAUCAAAGAGUGCAGAGAAAUAGAUUUUGCUACUUCUGAUAUCAAAGACGAAACUAUUGCAAAGAAGUUAUGGGAAGGUAGUGAGAAUUUGAUCGAGAGAGUUGAAAGAGAAGAAGCCGUUAGAAGAGCUUUAGAGAAGAAAGAGGAAGAGGCGGCUGAAAAGGCAAAUGGAGCAAGUGAGAAACCCUCUGACAACUCCGGCACUAUAGGAACAGCGCCCGAGAAUUCUAAAGGAAAAUCUAGAAGGCAACGCAAAGCGAACCCACAGAUCAGCGGACGUUCCUAUGCAUCAUGUCAGGCACUUUCCAGGUAUGAUGGCAUUGUUUCAUUCAACGUGGGCGCGAGGCUUGCAAAGGUUUUCAAGUUCAUUGCAAAAGAUACAUGGGAGAUUUUCGAACGGGUCCUCUACGACAUGUAUCCACAGACUCAUGAAGACCAUGUCACCUAUUAUCCACAGCGGAAGUAG